CUGUGACGUCAGCGGUUGAAAACAAAAACAAAUCUUCGUCUUGCAACAUCUCUGUUGUUGUUGUUCCCGCUGUUUUGUGGUGUUUUUGGCCUUUAUAACGCUUCGGCAUCGUCUCUGUUCUACGUGUGAAUGGUCCUCCGUUGGGUUUAUGUGAAGCUGUAGUUAACCGAAUAUUGGAGUCGAUCCGCCAUGGCUCAGCAGAGAGGAGUCAACAGCCUGCAGUUCAACCAGGACCAGAGCUGUUUCUGCUGUGCUAUGGAGACUGGAGUCAGGAUUUAUAACGUGGAGCCCCUGAUGGAGAAAGGACACCUGGACCAUGAACAGGUGGGCAGUGUCGCGCUGUGCUCCAUGCUGCAUCGCUCCAACCUGCUCGCUAUUGUUGGAGGAGGAGUCAACCCCAAAUUCUCAGAAAUAUCAGUGCUGAUCUGGGACGAUGCUCGAGAGUCCAGAGACCCCAAAGACAAACUGGUGCUGGAGUUCACCUUCACUAAACCCGUGUUAGCGGUCCGUAUGAGGCAUGACAAGAUCAUCAUCGUCCUAAAGAACAGGAUCUAUGUGUACAGCUUCCCUGAUAACCCUGUCAAACUUUUCGAGUUUGACACCAGAGACAACCCCAAAGGCCUGUGUGAUUUAUGUCCCAGUCUGGAGAAACAGCUGUUGGUGUUUCCGGGUCAUAAAUGCGGCAGCCUGCAGCUCGUUGAUUUGUCCAACACCAAGCCGGGUACAUCAUCCGCCCCGUUCACCAUCAACGCUCACCAGAGCGAGAUCGCCUGCGUGGCUCUGAAUCAGCCCGGCAGCGUGGCGGCUUCGGCCUCGCGUAAAGGAACGCUGAUCCGCCUGUUUGACACGACGACCAGAGACAAGCUGGUGGAGCUACGCAGAGGAACCGACCCCGCCACUCUCUACUGCAUCAACUUCAGCCACGACUCGUCCUUCCUCUGCGCCUCUAGUGACAAAGGAACCGUUCACAUCUUUGCCCUCAAAGACACCAAACUCAACCGCCGCUCUGCGCUGGCUCGCGUGGGGAAGGUGGGCCCUGUGAUUGGUCAAUACGUGGACAGUCAGUGGUCGUUGGCCAGCUUCACCGUGCCGGCUGAGUGUGCCUGUAUCUGUGCUUUUGGAAAGAACACGUCCAAGAACGUCAACUCUGUCAUCGCCAUAUGCGUGGACGGGACCUUCCAUAAGUACGUGUUCACCCCUGACGGAAACUGCAACCGAGAAGCCUUCGACGUGUACCUGGACAUAUGUGACGAUGACGACUUCUGAGGGGGGGCAGAGGGUGAGAGGAAGAGGAGGAGACGCGAUGACAAAUGGAAACGACUGAAGAUCACGACGAUGGAAGGGCAGAUGGGAAGCAGCCGGAGAAUCACAGACUUUAUGCUGCUUUCAGAGUGUUUGUAAUCACUUAAAUCUACAUGAUGUAGCAGUGUGAAUAUCAUCAGUUUUAUAUUAGCCUGGAUGAUUGUUGAAGCAGGAGUCUGGCCGCUUUAUGUGGAGAAAAACCCUCAAAGAUUCACUGAAACCCCUGAGACGACAGACUGUAUUUAUGGGCAGAAACAUGUCAAAAACAAGCUGAUAUUAAAACGCACUUUUAUAAGAAAUUGUACCUAAAUGUGUGGUUUAAUUUAAGUUUCUUUCUAGGAUUUUUUUUUUUUAAAUGAAGCUUUUAAAUGUAGGAGAUACCUUAGACGGGCUACAUGCUAGAUCAGGGGUGUCCUAAAAAGACCCUGAGGUUUAAAGCUCAAAUAUUUUACCCCUUUUAGUCAAGUUUACAUCGGUCUCAGAGGUC